AUGUGUGAGGACAUGGCUCACAAGAGUGAUGUUCACCUGGAGAACCAGAGGGUGAAGGAGGAGUGGAACAUGCUGUGGGAGAAGAGACUGAUAGACAAAUCCUUGGAGGAACAGGAUUGUGUCGGUACAGUAUUCGCUGUACACUGUGUCAUUCAUUGUCAACAUUUAGUUGCCAAAAAUCUGAGUGAAUGCCUACAUAGGUCAUUACAUUAUGUCAUUAAAGCAAUCAACAAAAUCAGAAGCAAUUCAUUGAAUGACAGAUUGUUUGGACAACUUUGUAUUGAAAACGAUGAAGAAUUCAAUCGCUUGCUGCUUCAUACAGAAGUUCGUUGGCUAUCAAAAGGUGCCUGUUUGGAUCGGUUUUAUAAACUCUUUGACUCAGUGCUAGAGUUCCUAGAAAACAAAGAUGAUGCUUUACGAGCCAACUUGAUUGAUUCCAAAAAUGACAUAGCUUAUUUGACAGACUUGUUUAAUAAAUUUAAUGAAACAAAUUCACAGCUCCAAGGCGAUGAGCUGAAUUUAAUCAGAACAAAAACUGUUAUUUCCGCGUUUGUGGCAAAACUUCUUCUGUACAAACAAAAUUUAGGACAAGGAGAAUUCAGCCAGUUUCCAAAUUUAUCAACAGUAGAAAAACAUGAUGAAGACUUGCUUACCUAUUGUCAGCACUUGGAGGGUCUCCAUUCUGACUUCAAUCAACGAUUUGAAGAUAUUCUUAAAAUGAACAUACCCGAUUGGGUUUUGGACCCUUUUUCAAGUAGAAACACAGAAGAAUCUCCAAAAUUACAAGAAGAACUGAUAGAAGUAACAACAAAUGAGGAAUUGAAAUUUAAAUUCAAAGACGACUACCGACAGUUCUGGCUGCAAAAGCAGAUACCUACACUUUAUCCUGGAUUAUGGGCCAUAGUACAAAAGUUUUUAAUUGCAUUUCCUUCAUCAUAUUUAGUGGAACGUGGGUUCAGUGUGGUCACAAAUCUGUUAACUAAAAAAAGAAACCGACUGCAAAUAGCUAAUUGCGGUGAUUUAAGAAUGCUGCUGACAAAAAUAGAGCCGAACAUUAAUAAAUUGAUAGCAGCGCACCAGGUUCAUCCUUCUCAUUAGGAUUAUUUUUAAUGUUAUUCGUAAUUUUUAUUUUAAUAUUAUCCUUCGUUAUCUUAAUUUUCUGUGUGUAAUGCGAAUGUUACUAUG